AUGAACCCUCCCUACUGGAAAGACUCCGAGGACAUCGACACCGGUUUCCGGGCGCUGGCCACCGACCACGCCUUCCGCUCGUCCGAAAACGACUUUGUCGUUUCCCAUGUUCCCGCCCAGCCCCAGACCACCCUGGGGUCUCCUCCACCACCGGCUCACGUAACAGCUUCCACAAACCAGCAUGCAGCGUCUCCCACGGUGCAUUCCACCGUUUCGGUAAAUGCGCUCAAUUCCCAGUUGAAUCCUUCCAGGCUUUCCGAUAACAGUCCUAUCGAAGGUACCUCUGAGGACGGCGUGGAUGAGUCGCUUACUGGCACAAGAAAGAAGGUGUCGAGUACAAAAAGAGCAGUACAGAACCGAAACGCCCAGCGGGCCUUCAGACAGAGAAGAGAGAAGUAUUUGAAGGAGUUGGAGGCCCGUGUGGGCGAGAUGCUGCAGUUGCACAAGAAGAUUGAUGAUUUGCAGCGGGAAAACCGGGAGCUUCGAGACUACACUAUGGCGCUUCAGAGCGAGUUGUUGAAGUUGACCCACAAUGUGAAUUCCGACCACAAGGGGUAG